GAAAUCUGGACUGAAACGCUACAACUGGAAUAGCUCGGCUGUAUCCAGGCAACCGGCCUGACGCAACCACCAAAAAAAAAAGGCUCUUAAAAGAAAAAAACCACACAGAUUUCCAAGGCGAGACAGAGACGGGAGCGAGACGGUAACCUGAAGGCAUCGCUGGCAAGCGCUGUGCAAGCAGCACGUUGGGAAGCAGAGGCAGGGGAGCUGGGCGCCCGCAUCUGCAAAAGAUUCAUCGCCCCUGAUCUCCCAGGGCUUUCUAGUGCAUUUGACGGAUGGGACCACUGAGGCACAGAGAAAGAAAGCAGAGCUCACCGGGGAGCUAGGAGCAGGAGCUGCGCUUCAUGAAUUCAUCUCUGCUGAACUUCGUCCAAGCCGGGAGGUCUCUGCAAAGUACUCUGCUAUCUUCACGGGAAAGGAGAGCAGUGCAAGAUGUUUCCCCCAAUCCAAGCGACGCCUGAACAGGGAAGAUGCCGACGUGAUUGCUCCUCUCUGGAGAGCUUGCCCUGAUGCAUCGAGCCCACGGAUGGAAGCUGUCCCUACCAUAAGGAUUCCCCGGCCUUGGCUGUUGUCCUGAACUUUGCCCUUGCCCCCCUGGGACUUUUUGCUGCAAAAGAGGAUGUCUUUGCCACAAAUCCAAAUAGAGGAGGUGGGAGACGGCGCCAAUGCCGUGUCCUUGAGCGCUGCCCCGGCUGACGACCACCUGAGAAGUCUGAAGGCUCUGACGGAGAAACUGAGGCUGGAGACCCGGCGCCCUUCCUACCUGGAGUGGAAAGCAAAGCUUGAAGAGCAAGCCUGGAAGAGCCCCAAGCCCUCUGCGGAGGAAGCCGUGAGAGAGCCCAAAAAGCCCUCGGAGGAAGCCGCCCCUGUGAGGAAGGUCCAGGUGCAUCUCAACGGGAGUGCUUCCCGGGAGAAAGUGACUGUCCCUUCCGGGAGACUCAGCGGCUUUGGGAGCAUUGAUGAAGCUUUGAACUGGCUCAGGAAGGAACUGACAGAAAUGCGUCUCCAGGACCAGCAGCUGGCGAGGCAGCUCAUGCGCCUGCGGAGCGACAUCAACAAGCUGAAGAUCGAGCAGACCUGCCACCUGCACCAGCGCAUGCUCAACGAUGCCACCUACGAGCUGGAGGAGAGGGACGAGCUCUCCGACCUCUUCUGCGACUUCCCGCUCGUGACCUCCUUCAGCCUGUCCACGCCCCUGAAGCUCAUCGGGGUCACCAAGAUGAACAUCAAUUCCCGCAGGUUCUCGCUGUGUUAGGGUCGGGGGCAGGAGCGCUGGCCGGAGGGACAGAGGACAGGGGUCUCUCCACCCGUCGGCCAGGUGCAAAGCAUCAAGACAGAGCAGUGGGGAGGGGAAAAAAUGGAGAGGAGCCCCCCAUCUGCUCUUGGGGCAAAGCAAUGCAACUAAGCCCCAGUCUUGAGAGGGCACAGAGAAGCUGGGGAAAGAGAGACGCUGGAACCGGGAAGGGCAUCUGAGUCAAGCACAUGCAGUAAGCAUGCCCUGUAGGAAGCAAAAUCCCACGAGGCCUCAGUGCCAUGUGAGCAUCCCCAGAGUGAUCUGCAGGGCACCAAGAGAUGGUUCAGCAUCUCAGCUACUCAUCAGUCACAGCGGAGGUGAGGAGUGCAGCCAGGCCAGAGCCCAAAUGCCUUUUCUGAUCCUUUUUGUCCACCCAGCUCCACCUUUAAAAAAUAAAUGCAGCUGCUCUGUC